AUGCAGGAGGGGUGGGGUGGAGCGCACCGCUUCCCCGGUGCCAGUCGCUGCCUUCACUUCGCUGGGGAGAGCCAGCAGCAGGCCCGGGGAGGAGCAAAGCCCGAGCCCCUGGCGCAGCAGCCGUCCUGGGAGCCCGCGGGAGGGAAGAUGGAGCCAGUAAUAGAUUCCAUGCUCUCUCUUCUCCAGGAGACUGGGAAAAGCAGUAUUGCAGGGGACUUCAUUUUGAGUGACAGUGAGGAAAAGAGAGGCAUCCCAGGAGACCUUAAGCAAGAUGUAGUGCUUCAGCUACCUGAAGCCCACAGCCCAGACUGGGGGACAGCCAGUGUGCAAAGGGAGCAGAGGGCAGCCUGUGAAAAACCCCUUCACCAAAAAAGAGCCAAGAAACUCACCCUCAUCGCUGGUGGCCAGAAACCGCACACAGAAGAGAAACCCUACAAGUGUACAGAAUGUGGGAAGGGCUUUAAGGAGAGCUCCAGGCUCCUGAACCACCUGCAAACCCACAAGAAAGAAAAAAUGUUUGAGUGUGUAGUAUGUGGGAAGAGCUUUAGCAGGAAGGCCAACCUGGUGGUGCACCAGAGAAUCCACACAGGGGAGAGGCCUUACAAGUGCAAGGAAUGUGAGAAAACCUUUAGCCGUACCUCAAACCUUAUCUCUCACUGCAAAACCCACGCGAAAAAGAAAGCCUUUUCCUGCACUGUGUGCAGGAAAAGCUUCAGUGGAAGUGUAGCUCUGUCCCAGCAUCAGAGGGUCCAUAUGGAUGAGAAGCCCUAUAGGUGUACCGAGUGUGGAAAUAACUUCCGUCUGUGCUCAGACUUCAUCAAACAUCAACGGAUUCAUUUGAGAGAGAGACCAAAUGAACACACAGCAGAUGCAGACCAUUCUGAAUUUGCAUCUCUGCAUCAUGAAGAAGAGCAAAGGUGCAGUGCAGAGAAACGUGAGGAGGAUCGCUUGGAUUUACUUCUUGAAGAGUUACCUAUGAAAAUGCUGACCAUACACUCAGACUUGGAAAGAUAUAUGUCUCAAGGUGCAAACAGCAGUUGA